CCCCAGGAAUGUUUUGAUGCUGUGUUUGGACAAUGUUUGAUUAGAUUGUAUCAAUAUUUGGAUAGUAAUGUCAAAUGCACACCUUAUUAAUUGGCCUGAGACCUUUAUAGUAACCCAAAUUAAAUUUAGUUUGUUUCUUCUGUUCUGGUAUUAUGUUUCUUAACUUAGUGUUGCAUUCUUUGGUUUCAGAUUCUCCCUCAGAAGAACUCCCUUCCUUCGUCAGUUUGGAGCAGCAUCAAGAAUUUGGAAUGCUUGUGUGUUUAAUGGUACUACAUGUAACAUCACCAGUAGCGGCUCUUAAAGUAUAAGAGACAACAGUGAAAUAUUGUACUCCUACUUUAAACAUUACAACAACAACAACGAAUAACAUAUGUUCUGAAUAUUAGAUUCAUACAUCAGCAGUGAAAUCUGGUUGUAGUCCUUCAAGAUAUUUUACUUUUAAUUUAUAACAGAUUUAUAGGAUAAUCAUUUGUAAACAAUUUUGUAUUAAGACUUGUCAAUUGAACACAUUGUCUUUACAGAACAGUGCAGGACAAGAGUCUAAAAUGAAUCCUGAACAUUCUGUAGAAUUACCUUUGAAAAGUGAAACAGAAGUUGCAAUAUCACUACCUUUUAUAACUCAAGAAAACAGCAACAUGGCUGCCUUGAAUGAAACCAGCGAUUGUAACUUUAUGGCGCUGGAUCCACUGAUAGACAUCAAAAUAGAGCAUGGGGUAUUCUGUGAGUCUAAUGAAGAUGACGAAUAUUCAUAUGAAAUGAAUUCGGUAGAGAAUGAAAAAGAUCCACUAACUUGCACAGAGGAAGUGAAACAAGAAAAAAGGAAUUGUCACAGUGGAGAAAAGCCUUCCAGUUCCACUGACCAUGAGAAAGCAAGUGAUAUCACAAAUCCUACCAGAGAGAAAACAUUCUUGUGCGAUGAAUGUGGGAAAGCAUUUUCCAGGAAACCAGACCUUACAGUUCAUAUGAGAAUCCACACUGGAGAAAAGCCAUUCAUGUGCAAGGAAUGUAGCAGGCCAUUUUCCCAGAAACAAAGUCUUACAGUUCAUAUGAGAAGUCAUACUGGAGAGAAGCCAUUCAUGUGCAAGGAGUGUAGCAGACCAUUUUCCCAGAGAAAACAUCUUAAGGAUCAUAUGAGAAUUCAUACCGGAGAGAAGCCAUACGUGUGCAAGGAUUGCGAGAGACCGUUUACCAGGAAACUAGAUCUUAAAGUUCAUAUGAGAUGUCAUACUGGAGAGAAGCCAUUCACAUGCCAGGAAUGUGGGAAAGCAUUUACCUUGAGGCACCAUCUUACUGAUCAUAUGAGAAUUCAUACUGGGGAGACGCCAUUUGUGUGCAAAGAAUGUGGUAAAGCAUUUUGCCAGAAACCAAGUCUUAGAGCUCAUAUGAUAACACAUACUGGAGAGAAGCCAUUCGUGUGCAAAGAAUGUGGGAAAGCAUUUGCCUGGAAACCACACCUUACACGUCAUAUGAAAAUCCAUACUUGAGAGAAGCCAAUUGUGUGCAAAGAACAUUGGAAGGCAUUUUCCAAGAUACCACAUAUUAUAGGUCAUAUGAGAAUCCAUAUUGGAGAAGCCAUUGAUGUGCAAGGAAUGGGGCAAAGCAUUUUCCAGGAAACAUAAUCCUACAUAUCAUAUGAGAAUCCAUAAUGGAGAGAAGCAACUUAUGUGCAAGGAAUGUGGGAAAGCAUUUUCCAAGAAACCAGAUCUUACAGUUUGGUUGAGAAUUCGUACUGGACUUUGGCCUCAAUAGAGCUGAAAGGCAUAAAAUAACAAAAUACCAAGACCUGAAGAACGACCUGAAAUGCAGAUGGGAACCGAAGGAAAUAGAAAUAAUACCUGUGGUGGUAGGAGCAAUAGGACUUAUUAAGAAAACCUGAGAAAAUAUCUUCAGGCAGGACCAAGUUACCCAGGUAUAAAUUAGGUGCAGAUCAUAUGAGAAUUCAUGUACAAGAUUGUGGGAAAUAAUUUUCCAGAAAACAUCCUGUAAUUCAUAUGAGAAUUCAUACUGGAAAGUAGCCAUUUACAGUAACCUCCCAGUAGAGCCUUUGGGAACUGGAAGAACAGUCGAAAGAGAAAGCUGGGACACUCGUUUAGUGCCGAAUAGCCGUGCGCCUAAUAUGAACUGCGUAUUAUAUACUCGCAAGUGUUUGUAGAGUGAGCUCAUAGGAACUAACCAACCUAGAUGAUGUGCCGGUAUAUUGUGGCUUAAUCUAAACAACAGAGGUGAUCUUUGAAUCGUAUCCUUUAAUGUUGGCUCUUGGAUGCUAUUACAUCUGUUUCCAUUUCCUGAAGCUGCUUAAGAGCUGGUCUGGACUUGCAUAUGAUAUAGUUUUUUUUUUUUUUUUUUUUUUUUUUUUUUUUUUUUUUUUUUCUUUUUUUUUACCUUCAUCUGUUCAACUUGCAAUUUAAGUUCGUUUAAGUUCUGUGACCAAGGACGCGAAGACUCCUGUGAUAGGUAAGGUACUUUGGCCUCAUUACGAGGUGGAAGUAUCCUUUGAAAUCAGCAUUUCAUUCUUUGCACUGCAGCUCGAUUGCAGCAAAAGUACUAUAUACAUGUAUAUGAUUACCGUAUAUUAUAUAUUAUAGUAUAUGCAUAUAAUCACAUAUGUGUACAGUAAUGUUUAUGCAUGCAUAUGUAGUUAUGUUAUAUCCAUGUAGACACACAAAGAUAAUGAUGAUGAUGAUAAUAGCUAUAAAUACUAGUAGGCCUGAAGAGGCAGUUUCAUGAUGAUUCGUCAAGAGUUGUAACCCCUUCUUGAUAGACCUACUUCUGAGGUUAAUGGAAGGAAUGUCUUCUUAUCCCUUUUAAACUAACUUGUUGUAAAGUAAUAGAAACAGUUAUUACUUGGACCAAGUAAUAAAAAACUUUAAUAUCACUAAGAAACAAAUUCUUAAGGAUAAAAAAGAACUGUUGCGUAAGUUAACUGUAAAGUGUCCAUCAUUACCUUAUUUAUAUUGUCUGGUUAAAACUCAUAAGGAUAUCAAACCUAUGCGGCCAAUUAUUAUUACUGUAGGAUCAAUUGCUUAUAAAUUAUCUAAAAAUAUUAGUAAAUUGUUAUCCCCACUUCUUGGAACUGUGGAAAAAUUAAAUAACAUUGUAUUAAACCCUAGUGAUAUCUUUUGUCAGUUUUGAUGUAUGUUUCUUGUUUACAAAAAUCCCUAUUGAAUCUGUGCUAGAAUAUUGAAGUAAUGUAUUUGUGAUUGCAGUUUUAUUUUUAAUGGAGAAUAUUACCAACAAAUAUUUGGUAUGGCCAUGGAUAACCCCUUAGUACUCUUCCUUUCAAACUUAUAUAUGGAAUUUUUUGAAAGACAACACCUCCCAAACAUCACACUUGUCCCCUUAAAAUGGUUUGUUGUAAAUGAUUUAUUGUCUAAAUUGAAUAAUUUAGUGCCAUCCAUAAAAUUCACAGUUGUAAUUGAAAAUAACAAUGUCAUCCCUUUCCUAGAUGUAUUAAUACAUACAUAGAGAAUCUCUCCCAUGUAAAUUCAGUAUUUAUAGGAAACCCACAAAUAAUUUAACAUGUGUACAUUUUUAUUCUGGCCACCAUCUUAAUAUUGAAAUUUCAAUUUUUUCUUCCACGUUCUUAAGUGCUUUGUGGAUUACAAGUCCACAAUAUCUUGACCAAGAAAUACAAUACAAUACAUAAAAAAGACAAGAAAUGAUCUCUGCUACCCACUUUACAUAAUUGAGUUAUGUUAUCAAAAAGCUCACAAAAAGUUUUUUAGUGUUAUUAGUAAUGAAAAGAAACCCCUAAAAAUGUACUUAGCUUGCCUUACUUUCGUGGAUUUGAAACCAUAUAAUCAAUAUUUAAAUCUUUUCAUGUUAAUGUUGUGUUCUCUUAUAACAAUGCCAUUAAAGAUAUGCUAAUUAUGAAUAGUCAGGUAACAAAUAACAACAUCAUUUAAAAAAUUCCUUUGUAAGGAUUGCCCGUCCUUUUACAUCGGUUGUGUGUGUAUAUUAAUAAGCAUAUGUAUUCAGUUAGAACAGCCCAGUUUUCAAAUGCACUAUUUAUCCAUCUGAGCAAAAAAUCUCAUUGUAUAAGUUGGGGCGACGGCUCUGUAAUUGCUAGGUUUAAUGAUUGUUUCAGGAAAUUUACUGGAAUCAGCAAUUUAACAAAUCACGAGUAAAAACAACCUAAAUCUUAGUCUGGGAUUGUACCAUUUGGACCCAUAUAUUUGUAAAAUGUUUAUGAAGGACCUUAAAAUAAAUAAAUUAACUAAUGAUUAAUUAUUCCCUCAUAUUUAUAGCUAUUAUAUAUUUCUCUCACUCUCAUGCUUGGUAUAUUUAUAUCCUAUUUUUGUUUCUCACUCAUUGUUGGAACAUUUUUGUAAAUUUAAUAAUACUAAUACAAAAUGUAUUGUUUUUCAAAUAAAAUUGCCUUGACGAGGCACCAUGCCUAAAUCCUUAAUUGUUUUCUGACUAAAUCAUCUGUUGGCCACAUGUGGGUGGCUGCUUUAAAAUUUCUAAUCUUGCCCAUGGGGAUUUUUUCAUUUCUUUAGAGUGAAUUGGACUUUAUGCUAUUCCUGUAAUGUCAGUUUGGAUACUAAGCCUAUUUGUACUAUGUUUUUGCUCUGUUCUGAUCAGUUGUGCCUCAAAUAAAGGGUCAUGUAGACCGAAAGAUCUUGGCAA